AUGUUGCGAGACACUUCACAACACAAAUCAGUUGUCGGAAGGAGCAACGUCAUGGUGUUCAUUAACGGCUUCAGCUUCACGGAGGCGACCCUCGUGAAACGCUCUCUUCAGUCGUUCUAUGGCAUUGGGCCUUCGGUCUCGCAGCGCAUCAUGGCAAAAUUCCAUAUUCACCCGUGGGCGAAAGUAGGGAGCCUGAAGAACGCCACAGUCAUGGAUCUCACGGCGGAGCUGGCCAACAUGAAGAUUGAGAACGAUUUGCGGCGGCAGGUUCAGGACGACAUACGGAGAUUAAGAGACAUGGGUACAUAUCGGGGAAGGAGACAUGCAAUGGGUCUGCCAGUGCGGGGUCAAAAGACAAGAACACAGAUUGCGACUGCACGACGGUUGAACAAGAUCGAACGAGGUGGCACUGGAAGGGUGUCUAUGUGA